CGACUUUUUCAUGUUGCGCAGAUAAUGGAAUAAAAUAAUUUCCUAACCUUGUACAGAUCAAUAACUUGGUGAUUUCAGCUGAUCACGCGACAUGGCCGAGUCUAAGAAUUUAAAAAAGAAAUCUAGUAAAAAGAUAACCAAAAAGAAAUCGAAAGAAAGUAAAGAAGAAUUAGAUAAUGGAUCAAGUGCUUCUAGUGUUAGUGUCCAAGAGGACAAUGACGAUGCGGAAGACCAAAUAGGAAAAGGAGUGGGGACAGCUGCCAUCACUGUCAGCAGAGAAGAGUACCUUCAGGCGCAUCGGGAUCUAACAUUCGACAAGCAGCAGUUGCAACUCAAAAAUAAUAUUCUACAUCGACGACUAGCGGAAUAUUACAAAAAACGCAAAAUGGACCAUGUGUUAAAACAACUGGAGGGAGCUGUUGAUUUAGAAGAGAAAUAUCAACAAAAGUUAUUUUCUUACGAAGAACUUAAAGAAAAGGAAGAAAGGGAAAUGGCUGAUAUAAAAUCAAAACUACACGUAGUGGAUAUGCAUUAUCGCAGCCGACUGGAACAUGCCGAGGAAAAAUUUGAGGAACUACAGCAUUUAGAGAAGACAACUGGCACGGGCCUUAUCUACUCAAAGAAAGGAAAGCCCAUUGCUGAUAAGACAGUUCACCGUUACCUCAUCCUGCAAAGACGUAAAUCCGAACAAGCUUCAGGACUAUGUCUUCGUUACAUACGCAUCAGAAACGCCGUCUCAGAAUUAGAAGCUAUUGUUCGGAAGUUAGAACAAAUAGCCCCUGGACUAUUUGUGGCGCAAUACGAGCAGCUCUUCAUAGAUUACCAGAAUUUUGCGACCAAAAUUGAAGAGCGUGAAGAUGAAUUAAUAAGAAAUCGUGGAAGAUGCACUGAACACAGUCAAAUGUUGGCACAUAUAAGGGAAAAAAUGCAUCACACUGAUGAGGUCAUAGAUACCACUGAGUGUGAUCUAGGUGAGGCUGAAAUGGAAUAUCAAAGAGCUAGAGAAGAUUUGGGACAAGUCAAGACUCGUCGUGAUAGACUGCGAUGGUCGCUCGAAGCAGAGCGUGUCAAGGCUGGCCUCUUGACGAGAAAGGAUCUACUGAGAGAUUUCGAAAAUGCUACCGAUGAGGUUGAAAUACUGAGAAAUAAGAAAGUGGAACUACAAAACCAAAUAACGAAAAUCACAAAAGAACUUCGAGAUGCCAGAAAACGUAUGCAGCAACCACGCACACCCACCGAGAAUGAACAAGUACUGCCAACUCUAAAUUUUGAUUAA